GUAAUUCUCAUAAAACAAGAGGUGUUUCAGAUAGAUGUGAGAUUUGCUCAUAGCAGCUGAUCCAUGGAGAUCACAAGUAGAUCCGUGAAUCUUACUUUCUCCAUUGAGGACAAAAAUGGAAAUAACGUCACCUGUCCCAGUGAGCAUUCCCCCGAUUCACUAAGGGGCUCUAGCAGUUUGAGUUGUGGCAGUUCAGAUAGUCCUCUUGAUGUAGAAAUGGAGGACUGUAUCACUUUCACAACAAAAAACGAGACUUCUUCCUCAAAGGUAGUGAAAUUAAGCAGUGCAAUUUUUGACAACUGGAAUGAGAAUAUGGCUCUCUUGAUAGUGGAAACAAAAAACACUGAAUGCAAUGGCAGUGACCGAAGCUCGGAAACCUCCCCUGACUGUGGUGAGCGAGAGCUGUCUGAGGUGGACUCCUGCGAGCCAUCACGUCGUGGAUCCAGUGAGAACUGCUGCUCUGUGAGCUCAGGUGAGAUGGUCAUGAGAAGUAACAGCUUUCUUUUGCACCAGAAUGAUCAGCUACUGAGCAUCUCACUGACUGGGGAGUCGAGAUCCUCCUUGGAUAUAUCUUCGGAUCUCGGCGUGGUAUCUGGGAUGUUACCUGAUGUGUGUGAGGGCUUAGCUGAGGUGCCACGAGGAGAUCCCAAGAAUCAGGGCCUGGAGUGUACUUACAUCCAAACCAACAAUCAGACCUUUCUCAUAGAUGAAAAGUCAUUGAGCAAUGAGAAACUUGAAUGUGUUACACCUGUUCAUUAUCACAAAUCCAAUGUGCAAAAGUUGGUAUGCAACAGCAGCGGAUCAAAUCAGUCAACGCCAGUGGAGGGAAAAACUGUUCUUAUUACUGCUUCUGAGGAUUUAGACAUUAGUGGCAAUGCUCAGACAUCAACUCCAGUGCAGUCUGUGAAUAACAAGACAUUUUGCCUCCCAUCUUUGUCUGAGUCACCUCUGAAUAAAGAUGAAGGUGAUUCAGUGAGUCCAAUGGCUCAAUUUAUUAGUCAGAAGCAAGGCGCUGCCUCUCAGAAGCCCAAAACUCCAUUGGUGUCAGCAAGUAAAAGCAAUAAGAUAGAAAUAAAACGGUUUCCGAAGCCUAACUUCAGUAGUAUAAAGUCUAAAAUUAUGUCACGUGCCACCAACCCCUUUAAGAUAUCAAGUGCACAAGUUCCAAAGACUUCAUCAAACUCCGUCCCUCAAAAUAAUGAAAGCCAGACUAUGGACCAGCAUAAGUCAUCUCCUACAAAAUCCACUUUUGCUGCAGUAACCAGCACAUCUGCCACACCAGCUCGAAGUGUAAAGAGCUGUAAUGCAGCUAAAAGGACUCGCUCAUCUUGCCAAGAAAGUGGUCUAGCCUCGAAAUCUCGACCUCGCCGAUGGUCUGAAAGUGCUACCUCUUUCAAAACGAGUAAAGAUGGAACACAAGAGAAGAAUUCACAUGUCAAUGGAGUUUUGAACAACCUCGUCACACCACAAAAAAACACUAAAGGAGGUGCAAAGACCAAACCUGCAGAAACUAAGUGGAAUAGAGAGGACACGCAGGGGAAUGAGUCAAUGAAGGUUCGUGGGAAGAAUCAGAAAGUCAGUCUGUUGGUAAGUAUGUCUUGGCAAAUAACUGUAAAAUGAUAAAAUGAAUCCAGAAUCAAUCCUUUUAGAUGCUACAAAUGGAUUUACAGAGCACAACAUUAGUAAAUCUAAUACUAUACAUAACACAAAACAAAAAGAUUGCAUUAAAUAAAUGUAAGUGAGAGUUAGAUGAUGGUAAAGGUAAUAGG